CUUGCAUCACUGUACUAAUCUUCCCAUAAGCAUGUUUGCUCGUGUCCCACAUCAACCUAAACUGUUUAAAAUAAGGCACCCAGCUGUUAGGACAGUUGUUGGUAGUGCUUUAGGAGCAACGUCCAUCUGGCUGAUGCUGCGGUGGGGCAAGGGACAGACUAGAUGAAUUCUAAAGGUCUACCUGGGGCUUCCUAGAAUUGCUGAGAAAAUAAACCAAAACUCUAGAUUGAGAUAUUCAGGUAUUACAGUACAAGCUGACAUCACAUAACCUUUUGCAGCACAGGACACCUAUCUCACAAUGGGAACAAGUUCUCAGGUGGCUCCCACACUGACUAUGGCUUUAAUACAAACAAACAAACCUCAUCAGUGUUCUCUGGAGAAAAGCUGUCUCUGAUACAACCUGAGUGUGUGCAAGAGAGGAGCAAGAUGCUUCACACCAGAGACAACUCCUUUCCGAGCAGCAGCGCAGGCGUCCCAGCAUCCUAUGAAACACCAGCACUAGCAGACCUCCAGCGACUGAUUUGGUUCAGAGGAGGGUCUGAUAACCAUGUGGACCAAGUCUGGCCAAAUAUUUACCUGGGAGAUGCGUGGGCUGCUAGGAGUAUAACUACUAUUCAAAGCCUCAACAUAACUCAUAUCCUUAAUGCAGCGGAUGGGCCAUACAGCAUCAACACAGGAGCCAAAUAUUACAAAGAUCUGCAAAUAGAGUACUUCGGAAUAGAAGCAUUUGAUGAUCCUUCCUUUGAUUUAAGUAUCUUCUUCUACGAUGCUGCCAAUUUCAUAGGCAAAGCCUUAAACACCUCAGGAGGUAAAGUGUUCAUUCACUGUGCCAUGGGGGUGAGCCGCUCUGCAACAUUAGUGCUUGCCUUUUUGAUGAUCCAUGAAAACAUGACGCUCGUGGAUGCUCUGAAAACGGUGGGUUCUCACAGAGACAUCUGCCCAAACACAGGGUUCCUCAGCCAGCUGCGAGAACUGGACAUUAAAUUAAGCGAAGAGAGGAAAAGAACCAGAGAACCUGCUAGCAAAGCAUUGUAAAACGGUAUCACUAAAAGGGAGAGAACAAAACAUUUCUUGAAUUUCCUGGAUCUCUUUGAAAUGAAUUGCAUUUGCAAACUAAGGAUAUAGGUUUAAGAUGCUCCAGAUUGUAUGUCGUUACUAAAAAUACAUUUUACCUGGCCUUCCCAUUUUGCAAAGCCACCUUAGCUUACACUUACUGCUGGUUGUAUAUUAUAUCCUUCCCUCUCCACCUUAAA